AUGGCUGACCAGCCACCGGGAAUUGGGAAUGGCGUGCAAUCGAAUGGCUUCGCCCACGGCCACCACCCGGGCGGCAACAACGUCGUCGUGCUCGACUUUGGUUCGCAAUACACGCAGCUGAUCGCGCGUCGCGUGCGCGAGAUCGGUGUGCACUCAACCCUCCUGCCCGGGGACGCUUCUGCGGAUCGGAUUUUGAACGAGGGCGUCGGGGCUGUGAUUCUGUCAGGCGGGCCGCAAUCGGUGACGCAGCCCGACGCCCCGCGGUGCCCGCCCGGUUUUCUGGCCCUCUGCGCAUCGUCCAGCGUGCCUGUGCUGGGCAUCUGCUAUGGGAUGCAGCUGAUGGUGGACUCUCUAGGAGGCGAGGUGCGUCCCUCGUGCGAGGAUGGCGCUGAGUACGGCCGCAUGGAGGUCGAUACGGCAGCCGGGGCAACCCUGUUCGCAGGCGAGGGCUGUGGGGGAAGGCAGACGGUUUGGAUGAGCCACGGCGAUGGGGUCGUGCGCUUGCCGGAGGGAUUUGCGGCGGUGGGCACCAGCAACCAGGGUGUGAUUGUGGCCGUGGAGGACCCAAAACGUCGAUUUUUUGGCUUGCAGUAUCACCCUGAGGUUGUGCAUUCUGAGAACGGCCGAGCCACGCUUCGACACUUUCUGAUGGGGAUCUGCGGGCUGGUGGCAAACUGGAGCAUGCAGAAUGUACUGGACGACCAACUGAGACGAGUACAAUCACAGGUUGGCCCACAUGCACACGCCAUCUGCGCCCUUUCUGGUGGAGUUGACAGUGCUGUGGCUGCCGCCCUUGUUCACAGAGUCCUGGGAGACAGGCUGCACUGUGUGUUUGUGGAUCACGGCUUACUCAGAUACAAGGAGCGUGAACGCGUAUGUGAGAUGUUCAGCAAGCACCUGCACCUCAGUGUGACCAUAAUGGACCGCUCAGAACAGAUGCUUGCCAGGCUGGUGGGGGUCACAGAUCCGGAGGCCAAGAGGAAGGCCAUUGGUGCGGAGUUCAUCAAGGCUUUCCAGGAUUUCAGGGAUGAACUCAUGCAACAGCAGGAAAUCAAACCAGCUUUCCUAACUCAGGGUACUCUGUAUCCGGAUGUCAUCGAAUCUUGUCCACCACCUGGCAGCGGAAGGACCCACAGCCAUACGAUCAAGUCUCAUCACAAUGUGGGCGGUCUCCCGAAGGACCUGCAAUUCGAGUUGAUUGAGCCUCUCAAGGAACUGUUCAAGGAUGAGGUGCGGCAACUUGGGAGGCUGUUGGAUGUGCCUGAGGACUUCAUCAGGCGGCACCCCUUCCCAGGGCCUGGCCUUGCUGUACGCAUUCUUGGCGAUGUGACCAUUGAAAACAAGCUAGAUGAGCUCAGGGAGGUUGAUGAGAUAUUUAUUGAGUCGAUAAGGGAAUUCGGACUGUAUGACAAGAUUUGGCAGGCAUUCGCCGUCUUCUUGCCUAUUCGCUCCGUUGGGGUCCAGGGAGACCAGCGCACGCUCUCUCAUGUUAUUGCCCUCCGUGCGGUUACCAGCAUGGAUGGCAUGACCGCUGAUUGGUACCCUUUCGAGCCCAAGUUCCUGCAAACCGUGUCGAGUAGGAUAUGCAACAAGGUCCGCAAUGUGAACCGGGUGGUGUACGACGUGACGAGCAAGCCCCCAGGCACAAUCGAGUGGGAGUAA